CCGUAUGUAGGGAGGAGGUGGGGGGGGUGGUCAGUGUAGAAGGCAGAGACCCCCCCGACACACACACACUGUGCAAACAGCUGCUGAAAGCCUUUAAGAAGAGCAGCCGGCAGCAAGAUGGGCUCCAGCAGCUCCCGUCUGAGCAACAUCCCAAAUGGCCAGGAGCUCAUGCAGGAAACAGGAUUUUCUGAUGCCCACCUCCUCCGUCUCUAUGAGCGGUUCCAGUUUCUGGACAAAGACAACAAAGGACACCUGAGGUCCGAGGAUUUUGAAGCAGUGCGGGAGCUGUCUAAGAACCCCAUCGGUGACAGAAUCGUUGAAGCCUUUUUCCUUCCAGGACAGGAAACGGUGGACUUUCCCUCCUUUGUCAGAGUUCUGGCUCACUUCCGUCCAAAGGAGAAAAACCGGACCAGAGAGGGAGCGCAACAGGAGCCUGAGCCGGCCAACAGCAGGAACCAGAAACUUAAAUUUGCCUUCCGGCUGUAUGAUCGGGACAGAGAUGGGAAAAUUUCCAGAGUGGAGCUUCUUCAGGUACUCAGAGAAAUGCUGGGCAUGCAGGUGACGGAGGAGCAGCUGCAGAGCAUCGCAGAGAGAGCCAUUCAGGAGGCCGACUUGGACAAGGAUGACACCAUCUCCUUCGAUGAGUUCAGAAAGUCGCUGGAGAAAGUGAACAUCGAUCACAAGAUGAGUAUUCGCUUCUUAAAAUAAAGACUCGAUCUGAGAAGACAGGGCUUCAACCUGGGUUCUGAUGGGAUAUGACUCGUUCUUAACAAGUCAGACCUGCUGCUGCUUCAGACCCAUCCACCCAUUUCCUAAAACUGCUUCCUCCUUUCUCCAGAGUGGAAUAACCCAGCAUGCAUGGCUUUAGAUGCUGGGAGGAGACAUCUCAAAAAACUAGAUUAUCGUUUAAAAGAUCAAUAUUUUUGUCCCUAAUUAAUGAAAGUGAAACUAAUCUAUUAUAUCCAUUCAUUACAUAUAGAAAGAAAUAUUUUAAGGCUUUGUUUCUUGUAAUUUCAAUGAUUGUAGCUUACAGAUGAUGAAAAUCCAAAGUUCGGUGUCUCAGAAAAUCAGAAUAUUGUGAAAAGGUUAAAUAUUGGAGACUGACAGAGGACAACCAUGGACACCUUCUACCAGGAGGGGAAGCUACAAAAGUUUAUUGCUAAGAAGCUCGUAGAGAGAUGCUGUACCCAAUUAGAUUCAGAGAAAGUUGAGUGGAAGAAAAAGUGUGUAAGGAGAAAGUGCACCAGGAACAAAUCCAUUCACAAGGAGUGGACUGAGGCUGGAGUCAGCGCAUCAAGAACCAGUACACAGAGACAGGUCCUACACAUGAGCUACAAAGGUCUGAUCUGGGCUGAGGAGAAACAGAACUAGUCUGUUGCUCAGUGGUCCAAAGUCCUGUUUUUAGAUGAAAGGAGAGUUCUCGUUUCAUUUGGAGAUCAAGGUCCCAGAGUCUGGAGGAAGAGUGGAGAAACACAGAAUCCAUGUUGCUUGAGGUUCAGCGUGAGCCAGAAUCAUCAAAACUACAAGAAAUAAAGGCUUGAAAUAUUUUACUCUGUGUGACAAAUCUAAAAUAAUAAACAGGAUUCACUUUCUGAGAGGAGGGAUAAAAAUAUUGAACUAUCAGAUGAUAUUCUAAUUCUUUAGAUGUGCCUGAAUGCAGACAUGGUCGCCUGAGCAGGAUCCAAACUAGGACCCUUAUUGGUGCAACCCAGGUAGACUUUUCUCAGAGGUCCUAACCAAGUUCUUCUGUUAAAGAAGAAAUCUUUAUAGAAAACAAGUUGACUGGUUAAGAUGUUUCAUGGAGACACUUAGUGCUGUCUCUUCUCAUAUCUUCAUCUGCCAAGACCCCCUCCAGCCCUACCCAUCACUGAGCCUAGUGGAGAAGGCUCCAGUUCAAAGCCAUCACAGGGUGUUAAAUGUGUCCACAUGGUUCCAGUCAAGAUCUCUGCAUGGAGAUGCUGCUGCAGACACUGUUCCAACAGCUGAAGCAUCAAAACUGUCAGUAGUUCUUUCCAGAUGUUUCCUUUGUGAAAUAAAUCUUUGGUUUAAAACUG